CAUCAGCAGCACCUUCAGCAGCAGCAGCAGCAGCAGCAGCAACAUCUGCUCCAUCACACACACUCUUCGUACGAACCGUCGCUGCAGGGUAUACUGCUUACCUCGACCUCGCUGCAGGCCGACUCACCGCAGUCGCAGCAUCUCGGUCCGGCACGCACCUCGCUAGAUUCGGAGCGACGGGCCCCGUUCGCCGAAUCGGAAUCGAUCUCGUCGAAGCACACGUCCGCACUGGCGAGCUACUGGGUCUGUCUGACCGAGCGGAUGAGCUCGCUGAUCUGCAAAUGCUGCGAGCGUACGCUACCGCCGGCGGAAAGCGUCUAGUGUCUACCGACGGGGGGGGGGGGAGGCUGGUGAGCUGUGUACCGGCGGUGUACCGGACCAGCAGCAGUAGUGUAGUACGCCCGUAGUACGCCCAAACGUGGGUCGUGUUUUAACUUACACUGUGGCAUGCUCGCUCUGUUCACCAGGUGUAUGUACGCGUACGUUUGUGUAAGUCUAAGUUUUAUUAUUUUCGCUAGCAAUUACUAAACUAGCUGACUA